CUACCUAUGCCCCAGUCAUCUCAGCUGAGAAGGCCUAUCACGAGCAGCUGUCAGUCGCUGACAUCACCAACGCCUGCUUCGAGCCAGCCAAUCAGAUGGUGAAGUGUGACCCUCGUCACGGCAAGUACAUGGCCUGCUGUCUCCUGUACCGUGGCGACGUUGUUCCCAAAGAUGUCAACUCUGCCAUCGCUGCCAUCAAAACCAAGAGGAGUAUCCAGUUUGUGGACUGGUGUCCCACUGGCUUCAAGGUGGGUAUCAACUACCAGCCCCCUACGGUGGUUCCUGGAGGAGACCUGGCCAAGGUCCAGAGGGCCGUGUGCAUGCUGAGUAACACCACAGCCAUUGCUGAGGCCUGGGCUCGUCUGGACCACAAGUUUGACCUGAUGUAUGCCAAGAGAGCCUUCGUGCACUGGUACGUUGGUGAGGGCAUGGAGGAGGGAGAGUUCUCUGAGGCCAGAGAAGACAUGGCUGCCCUGGAGAAGGACUAUGAAGAGGUGGGCAUCGACUCAUUUGAGGAAGAGGGAGAGGAGUAUUAAACAACAUCAAUUUGC